UUCUCACGCGCGCGUGGAGAUUUAUCGAUACUCAUCCGUCGAUCUCCACAUUUUUCACAUCAGGAACUCUCUUCCUCCAGACGGAUUUCAGAUCAAAUCGAAGUCGUCUUCGUAAUUACUGCGUCGAUUUCAGAAUCAAGGUCGGAAGCGGAUAGAUAAUCAUGUCGACCGCCGCCGUGAUCGCACAUUCUAGCUCCUGGUCUCGCGCUCUCAUCAAUAUCUCUCCCUACACUUUCUCCGCCGUCGGUAUCGCCAUCGCCAUCGGCGUUUCCGUCCUCGGCGCCGCCUGGGGGAUUUACAUUACGGGAAGCAGUUUGAUUGGUGCCGCGAUCAAAGCUCCUCGCAUUACUUCGAAGAAUUUGAUCAGUGUAAUUUUCUGUGAAGCUGUUGCUAUAUACGGUGUCAUUGUUGCCAUCAUCUUACAAACCAAGUUAGAGAGUGUUUCAGCGUCUCAGAUUUAUGCCCCCGAGUCUCUAAGAGCAGGAUAUGCAAUUUUUGCAUCUGGAAUCAUAGUUGGCUUUGCUAACCUUGUCUGCGGGCUGUGUGUGGGAAUCAUUGGAAGCAGCUGUGCGUUAUCAGAUGCCCAAAACUCCUCUCUUUUUGUGAAAAUUCUUGUAAUUGAGAUCUUUGGCAGUGCGCUCGGGUUGUUCGGAGUGAUUGUCGGGAUAAUUAUGUCAGCUCAAGCCUCUUGGCCUGCAAAGACAGGUUGAUCUACGUCUUCGAUUUUGAACACGAGCUCAAAGUUCGAUUACGAUGAAGAGGGUAACUUGUUUUUCUUCCCUUGAGCCUAGUUGUUUGCCCCUUCAUAGAUAAUGAUUGUUCUUGUAAAAGCUAGAGUGGGGAGUUUGUAUGCAUUUUUUUAUUGUUUGGGUUUCAAUCCUAUUCCCUUGGAGAACCAUUCCAUCAUUCUGAUGUUGGUAUUAAAUAUUUCUUCUUCUGAUUCCUUGAAAACACUUGAAUCGUUCAAUAACUUAUGUUGUAGGAUUGCUUCUUUUCUAGCUUGUAUGACAUUUUCUUGCAAAA